AUGGUCGUCAUCUCGCGCUUUCGAUCUCUUUGGGGCGUUGAGCCCGGUCCCCAGCAGUCCGAGUGGAAGAAGAAGUUUGUGGAGUGGAAGGCACAUGGAUACGCUGGAAUUGAGAUCGAUUUUGCCGGCAUGAGCCCUGAGGAGCUCCAGCUUCUGCGCCGCAUCUGCGACGAGGUCGGCUUGGAGACUAGCGUCACCUUGUUCUCAUCAUGGCCGAAGUACAUCGGUCGUCGUCCUCGCGGACUGGCGCCAGACGAUCACGCCGAGUUCUUCAGAUCGCAGCUCAAACUCGCAUCUAUAUUAAAGCCGGUGCGGAUCAAUGCGCAGUCAGGAGCGGACCACUUCAGCUGGGAUGAGUCGGUGGCCUUCUACAAGAAGGCUCUCCAGGUCGAGAAGGAAGAGGGAUUCGACGGACGAGUGUGCCAUGAGACGCACCGCAACCGGUCCCUUUUCAACCCUUAUGCUGCGGAUUACAUCCUGCAAAAAGUGCCAGGGCUCACAAUCACCGCCGAUAUCUCACACUGGGUCGUCGUAUCUGAGCGCCUCCUCGAUGUCAACGAAGAGGACCAGGAAAUUCUCGCUCGUGUUAUUCCACAUGCAAGGCUCACUUUUGCUCAUCCAAUCAAUCCAUGGCAGCCUAUACUGACUCUCGCUUUCUCUCUAGGUCGGCCACAUUCACACCCGCAUGGGCACAACGCAAGCCUCACAAUGUCCCGACCCCCUAGAUCCAGUCUUCGCCGACGAGCGCGCAUUCUUCGAGAAAUUCUGGCUGGACAUUGUGAAGCACAAGCAGGAGACGGAUCCUAA